CACACUGGGGUUGUCCUCCACAUGCUGCGUUCACGGCCCCCCCCUGCAGUCUAGUGUUUACGCAUACCCAACAAACAUGGCUUCUGCAGUCAAGAUGAGGACGUGGAGCUGUCCGGCCAGGGGAGUUAUGUGUUCAUGGCCAGUAUCGUUACUAUUUUUCCUCAAUGCCAUGAAUGCGGUUAUUGCUGCUCCAGAGACAGGUCUUUGGAGAAUCACUGUCGUAAAUACAUCAAAACCACUCCUGUUUAAGAAAUCCAUGUAUAAAGACACUGCCAUACAGUUGAAAGUUGCGUAUUUUGGCUGUCCUGAGGAGGUGGAUUUUACUAUUCACUGGUAUUUAAGAUAUUACCCCUGUCACAAUGAAUUCAAUAAUAUUGAAGAAAUGUAUGAAAGGGCACCUGUGUUCCGUGGGCAAGGCCUGAAUCCCAAUCCUCUCUCCCCAGGAGAGUACAUUGAACACAAGUAUAAACCCAUAAGAUGUUACAGUGGACUGCACUCCUUUCCACUGCUCAAUAAAGCCAAGGAAGAGCCACGACAAGUCAUUCCACGUGCUGAGGAUCAAACGCUACAGGAUAUAAAUGCCACCAAGCUAAUUACUGAGGACUAUGGCCGCAACAGCAGUAUCAAAGACAACGUCAUAGCCACCACAUGGAAGGACGGUCCGUACCUGCUGGUUGUUAAGAUCAUGUCUAGCAAACAAGAUGCCAACUGGAAUUUAACAGUUGAUGUGGUGAUGAAAGGUGACCACGGCUACAUUUCUAUCACAGAAUGGCCUCUGAUGAUUUUUUACAUGGUGAUGUGCAUCGUGUACAUCCUCUACGCCCUGCUGUGGUUUAUCUGGGCAGCCUGCUACUGGAAGGAUUUGCUGAGGAUCCAGUUCUGGAUAGCUGGUGUCAUAUUCCUGGGAAUGGUGGAGAAGGCGGUCUUCUGCGCUGAAUAUGAAAACACUAAUGCUCUUGGCUCUGCUUCUCCAGGCUUGUUGAUAUUUGCAGAGUUAGUCUCUGCCCUCAAGAGAACCUUGGCUCGACUGCUUGUUAUCAUCGUCAGCCUUGGCUACGGCAUCGUAAAGCCUCGACUAGGGACAGUAAUGCACAGAGUUGUGGGGCUGGGGAUACUCUACUUUGCCUUUGCAAGCAUUGAAGGUGUGCUGAGGAUUACUGGGGCGAAAGACUCUGACUUGGCCCUGCUGGCCAACAUUCCCCUGGCUCUGCUUGACUCCUCUCUAUGCUGGUGGAUAUUUGUCAGUUUGGCACAAACCAUCAAGACCCUGAAGCUGAGGAGAAACCCAGUCAAGUUGUCUCUGUAUAGACACUUUACAAACACACUUAUAUUUGCAGUUAUUGCUUCCAUUAUUUUCAUGGGUUGGAUUGCAAAGAAAUUUCACCUGGUGGAUUGCCAGUCUGAUUGGAUCGAGUUGUGGGUGCAAGACGCCUUCUGGAGGUUCUUGUUCUCUGUCAUUUUGCUGGUCAUAAUGUUUUUGUGGAGACCAUCUGCAAACAACCAAAGAUACGCUUUCACACCUCUCAUUGAUGACUCUGACGAUGAGGAGAUUGAGGAAUUCAUUGCCUCUGCAAACCUUGCUGAUGGCAUAAAGUUGAGAGCAAAUAAAACAGAGACGAAUGGCACAGCAAAGCCUGCAGAACCAAACCCGGAUGAAGACUUGAAGUGGGUGGAGGACAACAUUCCUAGUUCCCUUACUGAUGUAGCUCUACCAGUUCUGCUUGACUCAGAUGAGGAAAUCAUGACAACCAAGUAUGAGAUGUCAAAGUUGGAGUGAGCUCUUAUAAUUCGAGCGGUCAGCUGACAUAGAGGUAGAACUUUCCCUGAUUCUGGAGCACAGUGUCUGUCCGGAGCCAUUCGGUGUUUCAGGGGACUCUCUUGUAUGGCCUCGACUUCACUUGGUGGUGACACAGCAGGAAACAAUUUCUGGGGACCUCUCUUUGUUUUCUUUCUUUUUUCUUUCUUUUUCUUUUUUGUUCGGCUUUCUAAGAACUCAAGACUUGGUCUUUUCACUGACCGGCUGGUUCAGUGUUUUCCUCAUGCGAUCAGUGUCCAGCCUUUCUUUCCAAAGAGAAUGUUUCAUUUUUUAUUAAGUGCUGUAUUUAUUUUUAUGUCCAUGUGAAUUUCUUUUACCAGAGAAUUAAGAACAGUUGGCCUCAUGCAUGAACAUACUCUUAAAUAUAUGUCAAAUGUUUUUGAGGGCAUCUAAAUAUUAUUAGUUGGUCGUAAAAAAAAAAAAAAAAAGAAAAAAUUGCUUAUUUAUGGAUGGGGAAAAAAAGUAUUUUUUUUUGUCUGCAAUAGUUAAUAGGUAUGAUUUAUUUAAAAAAAAAAAAAAAAAAAAGAAAUCAACAUGGGGUGAGACAGAAUUAUACCUUUGCUUGUUUAUUUGAUGAACUUCAGACAGUUUGUUUGUAUAGAAAUGUGAAGAUUAAUACAAAGCUAAUGGAGCUCUGCAAACAGUGUGUGAUAAUAAUAUAUGCAACUGUGAGUGUCUGAAGCAUAUUGUUUUUGUUACCAACAUAAACUGAGAAAAGACAAACUUUAGACACUGUAAUUGAAUUGAACAAUUGCUCUUAUGCACUUUGAAGAUCAAAACUGUGCCUACUUGUAGUUCUUGUAUGGGGCCUGAUAUCUGUUCAGAUAAUUAAGUAGAAUUUUUUUUAAAAAAAAUGAUGUUUUGCCCGUUUGGGGGGUGAAACGCCGUUGAAACUACCCACCAUACACAUUUUUGGACGCACAAAUAAGUGAUUUCAACUCAAAUGUAACUGGGUUCAAUAGUGUAGAAUUUUGGUCUGUAGUCCUUGUAAUCAGUCUUGUUCAUGUCUGAAUCUACUCUACGUAAGUGUGUGUGGGCAGGUGUUGUGUUUUCCAAAAAAAGGAGCAAUAUACUGUUAUGUAUGUUGACACAGUUUCAUUAUUUAUUUGUGUUUAAAGUGUUCUUAUAAGUUUUCUGAGUGUGUCUUCACCCACGUUUACUCUAAGUGUGUUUACAAUGUGUGUGCUUUUGUCUACAAAAUGACUGAACUGAACAAUCUCACUUUUUUUUUUUUUUUUUUUUUUUUGGCACACGGCAGCUUGGGUCGUAUUUCUGUGCAGUGUUUGCUUUCCUUGCUCGUAAAGACAUUACACUGGUUCUACAGACACUUUAGUAACAUUUAUUCUUUCAUAUAAGUCUUAUUUUCUAUUAAAUCACAGAGUAAAUUGUUCUGUUCAGGCCAUUCAGCACUACAACACUUGAGUUAUGUGGUUGGCACAAGCACAAGCUGAUCACCUGAAUGGAUUUUUAAUGUCACUGUUAAAAAUGUCCGUUUUUUUUUUUUUUUUUUUGGGUUGGAAACCUGGAGUAAUUGUGCUUUUAAUGGCAGGCUGUUCUUGUGUUAUAUAAAACUGCAGACACCUGCAGUGGGCUUUGAUUAUUUGUACAGAUGGGUUUUGGCUGAUUCCUGUUAUUUCAUAAUUCCACAGGUGGAAAGGUAUCAGGAUAAAAUGACUUGUCCCUUUUUUUCAUGUGUGUCAUGAAAAACCGGGCUUGAACUCUUCAUACCAGCAGUUUUCUUCUUCUCGCUUCCUUCUCAGGAAGUGUGUGCACUCGGAUUAAACAAAAUAGUUGAAUGCAAGAUGAUGUUUGUUUCUUGGUCUAUGAUGUUCAGUAUUAACUUGUCAAUAAAAAUGAAUAUUUUACUACUA